AUGGACAGAAUCGACAAGUACAAAAGGGUCGAGGAGGAUCAGCAGAUGGGAAAAGGUAAAGCGAAGGUCUUCCCUCAGGAGAGGAGGGACUUCAGGUCGGAACAAUUUAACAACAGUAACAGACCGAGAAGGGACUAUAUAGAGCAGUCCGGAUCUACUAGGGCUCAGGCAAUCCAUGCUGUGUUCCGAGAACCUUUUCACAAGAUCCUAGAGAAGGUGAAGUAUGAGCCUUUCUUCCAGUGGCCGAACAAGAUGGCUGGCGACCCUUUGAAGCGUAAUCAGAACCUGUAUUGCGCAUACCAUCAGGAGCCAGGUCACACUACUGAUGAUUGCAGAAACCUGAAGAACUAUUUAGACCGGCUCGUCCGAGAAGGGAAGCUGAGACAUCUGCUGCAUCGCUCUAAAGGAUGGCAAGAACCAUCAAACAAUGAAACCAGACAAAGUACGUUGAGGCCACCCAUUGGUACAAUUAAUGUCAUUCUCGCCGCACCUGGAAGGACAGGCUCUGUCCCCUUCAGGGUAAUGUCAGUGAGCAGUUUCUCGACUAAGCCAGAUGACAGGGAAUCCAAGAGGGCUAGAAUGAGCGCCAUGCCAUUAAUCGGGUUCACGGAGGAAGACAAACAAGGAACUAUCCAACCCCACGAUGAUGCCUUAGUCGUUACGCUCCGAAUAGGAGGUUAUGACGUGAAAAGGGAAGACCUGUCGCCAUACGAUUCCCCCCUGGUUAGCUUUGAAGGAAAGGUUGUCAUCCCGAAAGGCAUGAUUAGGUUGCCUGUGCAAACAAACUCAGAUGUGGUAGAAGUGAACUUCAUUGUCGUAGAUGCAUACUCCCCUUACACAGUCAUCGUGGCCCGGCCAUGGCUUCAUGCACUAGGGGCUGUGUCGUCAACCUUGCACCAAAAGGUGAAAUAUCCGUCAGGAGGUCAGAUCAAAGAGAUAAUAGGGAACCAGGGAGUAGCUAGGCAAUGCAUGGUGUCAGCAAUCUUGCGACAGCAGAAUUGCAUAACUUCCACUUCGGCCGAGAACGGCUUAUAG